AUGCAAAUAGAAUUUGCAGCUUAUGAUUGUGAAUUACAACACCUUAUUUUUGGAUCAAAUCCAAUAUUACAAGGAGGUUGUACUAUGUAUGAAACAAUGAAAGGAGUUAUUGGAGAAGAAGUUUGUUCAUUAAGAUUAAGAAAUAAACAAGGUUUAAAAACAGAUUGUAUUUUUACUUCUCUUGAUGGUGGAUUAAUGAUUGGUGCAUGUGGACCAUUAGAAAUUAUACCAGAUGUAUUAACAAUAUUAAAAGAAUCAAUAACAAUGAGAUAUGGUUGUUAUAAAUCACUUAAACCAAUAACAGAAUGCGAAUGUGAAGAUCCUGGUAAAGUAGCAAAAAUAAGAGCUGCUUCACUCUUAAACAAUCCUACAUUUCUUCCUAUUAUUCAUUCAAUUUCUUCUCAUAUCUCAUCAUGUACAUCUAUUCUUUCACCAACACAUCCUCUCUUUAAUCCUAGAAUUCCAUAUCGUUCACCAACAAUAGCAUCAUUUACUAAUUCAAUGAGAUAUAUUAGUAAACGUGUACUUGAUAAUUCACUACUUGGAGCAGCAUUAUAUGUGAAUAAAGAAAAUUAUAUUACUAUUGCAUCAACAUUACCAAGUGAUAUUGAUCCAGUAGUUCGUCUUGUUUCAUUAGCAUUAUCAAGUGAAACUAUGGCAAGAAAAACUACAGUAUCUCAAAUUUAUUUAACUAUUUCACAACUUAAUGCAUUAACUGCAUCAUCAGUAGUUAUUGGUAAACAAAAUUAUGAUAAUAUUAAAAAUACAUUACAUAAUACACCAAUAAUUUGUGAUGAAUGUCAAUUAAAAAAAGUAAAUAUUGUAGUAACUGUAAAUAAAGGAUUUGUAAUGGUAGAAUUAGCUUGUUGGGAUAUUACUCCAGAAUACCUUGAACGUUCUGAAACAGAAAAUCUUGCAGGAAUGGAAGGAUUAAGUUCAAUUUUUCUAAUGGAAGGAAGAAAAACAGAUUUAAUGAGAUUAAGAAUAGAUUAUGAUACAUUAAUGGUUGAACCAAAUAAAUUAUGGGUAAGUAAUGUUAAUGAACAAUUAUUAAAAUGCAUUAAUAUGGAAAAAAUAAAUUAUUUAGAAGGAAUAGAUAAUACAAUUGUUGUUCCAGAAAAUGAAAAUGAAUGUUAUUAUUGUUCUCAAAGUCCAAAUGAAUUAAAUGCAAUAAAAGUUAGUUUUAAUGAAAUUGAUAAAAAAACUUAUUAA